CCCCCGGAGUCGCCCCUGGUGCAAAUGAUGCUGCAGCUCUUCUCCUUCCUGGACCGUUACUCCCAGCUGCAGCAGCUGCAGGAGAAGGCCGGCGAGUACCGUUCGCGCCUCCACUGUCAGGAGAGCCGUUGGCGCCGGCAGAUGCGGGGUCUGAAGAGGGCCUACCAGCAGCGGGUGAAGGACAAGCUCGGCGUCAUCCAGAGCCUGGAAGCCAUCAUCCUGGAGCAGCAGGGCCUCCUGGAGAAGGUGCAAGCAGGCUCAAAGCUGCCGUCCACUGGCCUGCUGUGCCCCGUGGCCCCCGGGGGUCUGCACCAGAUGGUGGAGUCCAUCAGCGCCCUCCAGGGAGAGCGGAGCCACCUGGCCGAGGAGGUGGUGGGUCUCCAGCAGCGGGUCGAAGAGCAAGAGAGGGAGAAGCAGCAGCUGUCCAGGAGCUUCCACCACCAGGUCCAAGGCCUGAAGCAGCAGAUCCAAGCGCAGGAGGAAGAACGCGAGCAGCUCCGCCUGGGCAGGGGCGUGACGGACUCGGAGAAGCGGAUCCACAACCUGACCGUGGAAAACGAGGGUCUCAAGCAGAGUCUGCAGCUUUCCCAGGGGCUCCUGCAGCAGGCGGCUGCCAUCUCUGCCCAGCCCUCUGCUCUGAUGGCCACG